UUAAGAAGAAUAAAAUGAGACGCUCUUAUCUGUCUUAUCAUCAAGGCCGAGGAUUCCUGUCCACAGGGCGAGUAUAUAAACACAUCUCUCCCAGGCUUAGUCUCUGCCAAGUACCAGCCUUGUGAGGGAUCAUGAACUGGCUAAAGGUGGUGGGUAUCGUUCUGGGGGCGGCGGUCGUAAUGGCCGUUGGCCUUCUGGUCGGCCAUUUCGGCAUUCCAAAACAAUCAAAGUGGGUGAAGGAACUUGCUCAGGAUCUCGAUGAAAAAUUCAUCAGCCAGUUCAUGGCAGAAAUGGAUAACAAAAGGAUAGAAGACAACUUGAGAAUUCUCUCCAAGAAGCCCCACGUAGCUACAAGUGCAGCAGAUGAGGAGCUGGUGCAGUUACUUCUGUCUCGUUGGAAGGAUCCCAACUCUGGCUUGGAUGAUGCUAAAGAAGAGCGAUAUAAUGUGUUGCUCUGUUUCCCAGAUGAAGCAAAUCCGAAUACUGUCAAAGUCUUGAACCCGAGUGGAGACGUCCUGUUCUCAGCUAAAGAAACAGAGGAAGAGCUCACAGAGGACCAGAAGGAUCCAUCCAUUCUUCAGCCUUUUCUGGCCUAUGCACCCAGUGGAUCUGUCAAGGGGAAGCUGGUAUUUGCCAAUGAAGGGAGAGUCAGCGAUUUCCAGUACUUGGCUAACCUUAUAAACCUGAAUGGCACCAUCGCCAUUGUGCGCUAUGGAGGAAUAGGAAGAGUGAACAAGGCAAUUAAUGCUGCCAGAUUCGGAGUGAUUGGUGUAAUAAUCUACACUGACCCCAAAGAUAUAAACGAUGGAAAGUCAAAUCCCUCAGACACAUACCCUCAUUCCUGGUAUCUGCCACCGUCCGGGGUAGAACGGGGGUCAUUCAAAGAGAAUUUUGGUGAUCAGCUCACCCCAUACUACCCAGCUAAAGACUUCACCUAUAGGAUUCCCGAGUCUGAGAUCAAAGGCAUCUCUCACAUACCAGCACAGCCCAUAGGUUUCCAAGAUGCCCGAAGAUUAAUAUGUGAACUGGCUGGACCUCAAGCUCAAGCAAACUGGCAGGGAUCUCUGGGUUGCCCUUAUAACAUAGGACCUGGAUUCGUACCAAACAGUUUCAGUAACAGUGAUGUUGAGGUUAAUGUUUACAAUAAGCGGACAAUAAAAUCAUCAGCGAAUGUGAUGGGGAUUAUCAGAGGAGCUGUAGAGCCCGACAGGUAUGUGAUGUAUGGGAACCACAGGGACAGCUGGGUCCACGGAGCCAUCGAUCCGAGCAGUGGCACAGCCGUAAUGCUGGAGAUAACAAGAGUUCUGGGCACUAAACUAAAACAAGGAAAGUGGCGUCCUCGAAGAACCAUCAUUUUUGGCAGCUGGGGAGCAGAAGAAUUUGGACUCAUUGGCUCAACUGAGUUUGCUGAGGACUACUAUAGCAAAUUACGAAACAGGGCUGUAGCUUACAUUAACGUGGAUAUCUCUGUAUAUGCCAAUGCAACUUUGAGGGUCCUGGGAACACCUCCUGCACAAAAUGUUGUUUUCGCUGCAUCCAAACAGGUGAAAAAUCCAUCAAAUUCCCUCACCGUGUAUGAAAACUGGAGGAGUCACUCUAAUCGCACCAGCCCGCAGCAUGGCGUCAUUCCUCGAAUUGGAACGCUGGGAAUUGGAAGUGAUUAUGCUCCCUUUAUGCACUACCUGGGAAUUACAUGCAUGGACAUAGCAUACACGUAUGACACGAGAGUGACAUCAGCUCGUAUAUAUCCCACCUACCAUACAGCGUUUGACACAUUUGAUUAUACUGCUAAACAUAUUGAUCCAGGUUUUACCAGUCAUCAGACGGUGGCCCGCACAGCUGGGAAUGUUCUAUUGAGACUCUCGGACAGCCUCAUCCUGCCGCUAGGAGUUAGAGACUACGUGGAAACCCUGGAAUCUUACUACAGCCAGGCAGAGAGCUUUCAGACUAACCUCAGCAAGUACAACAUCUCACUGGUUCCACUGAGGGCGGCUAUUACCAGAUACAGGAACGUUGCCGAAGCUUUGGAAGAUAAGAUUAAGAAUUUAAAGGAGUCAGAUAAGACGCCUUAUAACAUUCGAAGGAUUAAUGACCAGCUCAUGCUCCUGGAACGAGCAUUUCUUAAUGAUCUUGCUUUUACAGACAAGUUGUAUUUCAGCCAUGUGCUCUGGGCCUCCCGAACCUCCAGCGUGGUCACUUUCCCAGGUCUUGCAGAUGCCUAUCAGAGAGCAGUGGAGACCAAUCUGAGAGAACAUUGGGAUCUCACCCAUCACCACCUAACCAUUGCCAUUCAGGCUGUGGACAAUGCAGCGUCAACCCUGGAGGAAGUCGCCAAUAUAUGAAGAUGACCCCGGAAGUUGUGCAAAGUUCUUAUUGCUGGCA